AUGUGCAAGCACGUCCUCAACGCCCAAGUAGCGAUCCGCUCCCCCUGCUGCAAGAAGUGGUUCGACUGCGCCGAGUGCCACGCCGAGCAAGAGUCGGGCCACGAGCUGCUCAAGGCCCUCGAGAUGACUUUCGCCUGCAAGAAGUGCAAAAAGUGCUUCCGCAAGGACGCCCGCGAGUUCGAGGAGGCCGACGAGUACUGCCCCCACUGCGACAACCACUUUGUCCUCGAGGCCCUCGUCCCCAAGGCCGCCCUCACCGUCGAGGCAGAGGACGCCCGCGUCGACAGCCGCAUGCUCAGGGACGACCGCGUCAACCCGGGCGUCGCCGGCAGGAAGGGGGCCAGGCCCACCGUGUUCGACCCGGAUUUCGAGGCCGACAAGCUGGGUUAA